UUUUUUCUUAUUUUGCUCAAAAGCAAACAAAAAUUUUCCUUCAUUUUCGAAGAUAUGGUCUCAGCCUUUUUCUGUAGAAGAAAAAACUUCCCCACUUUAGCACUAGAUAAUUGUGUUCUAAGAAUUUCAUAAUUUCAAGAUUUGCAGGUCAAAUGCAUUAUCAAAGCAUAAACCAGCCUUUUUUUUUUUUAAAUGAAGAAUUACGAGAGGUUCGCCCUAGUCAACCCCUAGUCUUGAAGGAAAACAAUGAUGACUCAGACGGGACAUUCCGAGACGUGCUCCAACUUAAAAUACACGGCCAACAAGGCCCAGUGACAGAGGACGUCCCUCGCCAUAUUAAAACAACAGAUUAGUAGAAAGCAAAUUGGAAAAUAUUGGAAGGAAGCUGUAAGAUUUUUUGUUUUUUUUUUUUGGCCUUGGAAGAAAAUAUGAGUAUCAUGUUUCAUGAUUCAAUCAUCCCAGAAAAAUCACAGUUUUGAAAAACCGUAGUACCUGGUGACGGUGGUUCCUUUGAUUUGGUCCUCCCGCAGAAACCUUCUCUCUCCUUCCUCCCCUGCUGCUAAUUGGUAAAACAAGAUAAUUUCAGUGAAAGAGCAAUCCAACAUUCCCUUCUGUUCGAAAUUCUCACAAAAAAUUUAUAUAUAUUUAUAUUUGCAAAGGUUCAGUGUUACCGUUGCCGUUAUUGACUCUCAGAGAAGAAAAAAACGUUUUUGCUCAUUUUUUAUGCUUUUGUCCCGUUGCUCUGAUCUUCAACCAAAAAGCUUCCUUGUUUUCCGCUUUUGUCCGAUUUUGUCUCACUGAAUGCAGUUCUUGAUCACCCAAAGAACAAUCCAGAUCUUGAUUCGACGAAAUUUUGGCUCUUUUAAAAAUGGAGCGCAAGACUAUUGAAUUGGAUCAAGGAUGGGAUUAUAUGCAGGAGGGGAUCAGAAAGCUGAAGAGGAUUUUGGAAGGACUAUCUGAGCCUCCAUUUAGCUCAGGAGAAUAUAUGAUGCUUUACACUACUAUCUUCAACAUGUGUACUCAAAAGCCGCCACAUGAUUAUUCUCAACAGCUUUAUGACAAGUAUCGACAGGCAUUUGAAGAAUAUAUGACUUCCACGGUAUUGCCAUCUUUAAGAGAGAAGCAUGAUGAAUUCAUGCUGAGGGAGUUUGUUAAAAGAUGGGCAAACCAUAAAGUAAUGGUCAGGUGGCUAGCACGAUUCUUCUAUUACCUUGAUCGCUACUUCAUUGCACGGAGAUCACUUCCUGCACUUAAGGAAGUUGGGUUCACCUGCUUCCGUGAUCUGGUAUAUCAGGAAGUGCAUGCCAAAGUCAGAGAUGCUGUAAUUGCCCUUAUUGAUAAAGAACGUGAAGGAGAGCAAAUAGACCGAGCAUUACUGAAGAAUGUGUUAGAUAUUUUUGUUGAGAUUGGCAUGGGACAAAUGGAUCGUUACGAAGAUGAUUUUGAAGCAGACAUGCUUGAGGAUACUGGUGCGUACUAUUCACGAAAGGCAUCAAGCUGGAUUGAGGUAGAUUCUUGUCCGGAUUACAUGUUGAAGUCUGAAGAGUGCUUAAAGAAGGAAAGGGACAGAGUAUCUCAUUACCUGCAUUCAAGCAGUGAGAAGAAAUUGUCAGAGAAAGUGCAACAUGAGUUGUUGGUCGCAUAUGCAAAUCGUCUACUUGAAAAGGAGCAUUCUGGAUGCAGGGCCUUGCUUAGAGAUGACAAGGUGGAGGAUCUUUCUAGGAUGUACAGGCUUUACUGUAAAAUACGUCGAGGCCUGGAUCGUGUUGCUAAUAUGUUCAAGCAGCAUGUUACUGCUGAAGGUACAGCCUUGGUUCAACAGGCGGAAGAUGCUGCAAGUAACCAGGCCUCAAAUGCUCCUGGUGUGCAGGAACAGGUCCUUAUCAGGAAAAUAAUAGAGUUGCAUGAUAAGUAUAUAGCAUAUGUGACUGACUGUUUUCAAAACCAUACUCUGUUCCACGAGGCCUUGAAAGAGGCUUUUGAGGUAUUUUGCAACAAAACUGUUACUGGAAGCUCAAGUGCAGAGCUUUUGGCUACUUUCUGUGAUAAUAUUCUCAAGAAGGGUGGAAGUGAGAAAUUAAGUGAUGAAGCCAUUGAAGAAACACUCGAGAAGGUAGUUAAGCUGCUGGCCUAUAUUAGUGAUAAAGACCUCUUUGCUGAAUUCUACAGGCAGAAGCUUGCUCGGCAACUGCUUUUUGACCGCAGUGCUAAUGAUGAUCAUGAAAGGAGUAUUCUGACUAAGCUAAAGCAACAAUGUGGUGGACAGUUCACCUCUAAGAUGGAGGGCAUGGUCACAGAUCUGACACUGGCAAGGGAAAACCAGGCCAGCUUUGAGGACUAUCUUAGGAAUAACUCUGCUGCACAUCCUGGGAUUGACUUGACAGUUACUGUUCUUACCACAGGAUUCUGGCCAAGUUAUAAAUCAUUUGAUCUCAAUCUCCCUGCUGAGAUGGUCAAAUGUGUGGAAGUUUUCACAGGAUUUUAUGAAACAAAAACAAAACACAGAAAGCUUACAUGGAUAUACUCACUGGGAACUUGCCACAUUAAUGGCAAGUUCGAGCAAAAAAUUAUAGAAUUGAUUGUUUCAACUUAUCAGGCUGCUGUCCUUCUGCUUUUUAAUGCUUCUGAUCGGCUGAGCUAUUCAGAGAUCAUGGCUCAGUUGAACUUGACCCAUGAUGACUUGGUCAGACUACUACAUUCGCUGUCAUGUGCCAAGUAUAAGAUUCUAAGUAAAGAGCCAAACACAAAAACGAUUUCCCAGAGUGACUACUUUGAGUUCAACUCUAAGUUUACUGACAAGUUGAGGAGGAUUAAGAUUCCUCUCCCUCCUGUGGUUGAAAGGAAGAAAGUUGUUGAAGAUGUUGAUAAAGAUCGGAGUCAUGCUAUUGAUGCCGCAAUUGUGCGGAUAAUGAGGAGCAGGAAAGUUUUGGGCCAGCAACAAUUAGUAAAAGAGUGUGAUGGGCAGUUGAGUCGCAUGUUCAAGCCAGAUAUUACAGCCAUCAAAAAGCGGAUGGAAGAUCUAAUCACACGAGACUAUCUGGAGAGACACAAGGAGUAUCCAAACAUGUAUAGGUAUUUGGCCUAAAAUUGGUCUUUGCAAAUGGUACAUGGGAAGUGGUGCAGUCAGAGAUGAUUUAUCCUCCACUGAAAUCCUGCAUUUUUUUUGGUAGUAUCAUGUAAAGCUCAAGAAAGUUUUAAUUGUCUAUUUAAAUUUUAUUAUUGGUAUUAAUAUUACCAUUAGUAGUUCACUUUUUGAGAAAAAAUAGUUUCUUUUCCAUAAAAAUCUGGUAGCAAUGGACAAUGGUAGGUCCAGACAUUGUACUACUAAUAAAAUUUAAAACCAAACUUAAAAUUACGGAAGUAUUUGUAAACAUGUAAUAAAUAUUUGUUUAUCCUUUAUCGGUAGUAGGCUCAAUUGAUAGGAUCGGGUGUUUUUCGACGCAAGUGGUUUUGUUGUUCUUUUAUGUUAUUGGAUAUGAUAUAUUUUGAUUUGAUUUAAGGGAUUG